GGAACAUGCUCAUCCGGUUCACCAUGGCCACCAGGACAAGCUCGUCGGUUCAUUCCGCAAACAGUGCCGAGAAACACAGAAGAAAAGGCUCCCUACAGGUGGUCCCCUUGGGGCAGAUAACCAGGUCGCCCUCUUCUAGAAGUUUCUUUAUCAUGGAUGCGUCCGUCGACUCCGUCACUCGGUCUCUGCUAAGCCAGAGAGUAUUGAUGGGAGAGAUGAUUUCCGACAGCCGCGUGAAGCAGAGGAAGUCACUGCCUGAAACGGGCGGCCGAGAACGGUGGAGAGGAAAAUGGAGUCCAGUAGAGUUCAGUGGGAACAAUGCUAAUUAACAAUGCCAAUAAGUGAAUAAAAAAUAACAAAUUAU